CUCCGACACUAACGUGCCCCCACGGGACUAGCGGCCUUUUUGGACACUGAAGUCUGGCCAGCCGCCUGCCUUUCAGCCACAUCUUCACCCGCCUCCAGUCUUCCUCGCCGUCUGGGCUGCUGCCAUCGUCAACAACCUCAUCUCCGUCAGCCUGCGUCCUGCUAUCUCCAAAGUAUUGUACGACUACAAGCCGACAUCCAAGAUGACACGACUCCUAGUGUACUCAGCUGCCCUUGUGGGCUUUCUCGCCUCAACGUCCAUGAUCAUUGCGUCCAUAAUUCUACCGCAAUGGGUCUCAUACACGAUUACUACCAGCGCUGGCGAGACCCUCACCAAAACGAUCGGUCUGCACAAGUCGUGCUCGUCCCUCGCCGAUCCGCCAUGUCGGCCAUUCCCCUACCAUGACCUCUGCCAAUCCGGCGAGCGAUACUUCUGCUCAAUGUGGCGAUCGGUCGGGUUCAUGGCCACACUUUCGGCCAUCCUCUGCUUGGCCUGCCUCGUGGCUUUCACGGUCGUUAUGAGUGGGGGAAAGUACAAGCGCGAGACUGGCUGGCCGUUUGUCACGGUCAUGCUGUCGCUCGUUGCGAUUGUUCAGUUCGUGGUCAUUGCUAUCGUGGCGUAUCUGUACGACCACGACGAUCAAUUCACGGUUCCUGGAUGGCAUUUGGAUAUUUCGUGGAUUUUGAGCACCGUGAGCGCGACCAUCUGUGCUCUUGCUGCGGUAGGACUGGCUGCUUCCGCGUACAUGCUGCCUCAAGAAGAUGGCUAUGAUUUCCUCGAAGAUCCUCUGGAUUCGUGAUGUUAUAUGGUACCAGAGGCUGGAACUGGGCUAUGAUGAGCUACGUAUGUUUAGUAUAGAUAGUUGUGGCGUUGAGACUAUCACCAAAUUUGUAUCGUGCCUAUUUUUCAAGUCAUAAACGGAACAAGGCGAGCUGUGCGAAUCGUCUCCGGGCCCAAUGCUUGUAAGGAAGUAUUGUCAGGCAGAAGGACUCGCUUCAUUCUGCGUCUUAACUACAUACUUAU